GGUUAAUGCUUAACAUGGUACAUCAAAAGACGCAUUAGUUUUUCGUAGAACUAUUUUUACAAUUUGUGACAGAAAGUUGCGCUUUACUUUUUAUAUUUGUCUAGAAAUGGAGAAACCGACGUGGACAAUUGUACAGUUUUCUGAAGAUAAUACCGUUGAAGCGGUACCAUCAAAUUGGAUACAACACAAUAAGUGUUACUGGCCUCCAUUUAAAAAUGAGAAAGUUAUCGCAGCAAUAAGGAAAAAUGCAGAACGUAAUACAUGUUGGCCAUGUUACGAUAUCAUCACAUUUCGGAAUAGCACGUACGAUGACUAUAAUACAGCAAGACGGAAAACAAAAAAGGCCGAAGACACAUCGGAUUUAAAUUCAUCAGAGGUGGACACAAAAAGAAAGCGGAUAAAAAAUCGACUAUACGAAAAUGAAACCGAUGAUGAACAGUGUAAUAUCGCAAGAGCCCUAACAAAACAAAAUAAAAUAAUACAAUCUUCAAGUGAAGAGUCAGAUGAGUCUGACACCGUUCUCCCAAAACAUUCGCAAAUGACAGAUGCGUUGAAAACUGCAGGCCAGAUUGCUAUGCAGAAGGAUAAUAAUAAUUGUGUCAAUCCAGAAAUAGAAAAUAAUUCUUUCUUGACUAAUUCCAUGAGAUGCACAUGUCAAUUGUGUCCAGCACAUGCUCAGAUGCAGAAUAAAAACGAGAAAUAUUUUAAACAGAUAAUUCGCCAACAAAAUUAUUUUAAGACUCAAUUGUGGCAAACGGUUGAGGAUAUACAAGACAUCAAAAAUACUGGAUUAAAUCCAGCUCCUAAUAAUGACGUUCAAAAACAGGAAUCAGUUUUCUGUUUUUUUACGCUUCCAUUGGAAACGGAACAACAAUUACAAGAAGUUGAGCAGUAUUUGACAAACCAGAACAAUUUUAAGGCAUCGGUUACACAAGCAUCUCGUACUGGUGGCAAACAUUCCUACGAAUUUAUGAAACGAAACUUGAGCCAACUCCUAAGUAAUAAGUUGGCAGAAGAAUACAGUUGGUUGGGAAAAAAAAAAAAACAAAAGUUUCAUGAACUAAAAUUGGCGAAUAUGUUAAUUGGUAAGCGAUGAGUAUUGUUUGAAUAAUUAAUUUAAAAAUUAUAAUAAGUUUCUACGUUUUUUUGUCAUUUUUCUAGGUUUCCGGAUUAUCGUCGUAUUUUGAGUUGCUUAUUCACUUGCCGUUUCGUAAAAAUUGUUUGUUUUAUUAAAUCUGGUAAGCUCUCUGAGGACGGUAUUUAUAGUUCGAUAUA